AUGGAUGCAAGGAAAAGCUCCUCACUAAUUUCACACAUCUCAUCUGAGCAUCAAGCUCCACUCAACACUUGGACAGAUGAGGAAACAGGGGAUGAAGGCACAGGAGGUGAGACCUUCCAAGAGGAUGACCCAGCCCUUCUAGCUGAAGAAGAUCUGUUUGGAGAAGUUGAUGCUUCAAUCUGGGAGGGCAGUAAUGGCGACCUUGCGGUGGGGGUCGGUAACAGCGGAAAGAAGAGUUACGCCGAAACAGCACGGAUGUUCAAGCUGAGACAAAACCUGGACCAGCUGGACUCCUUUCACAGACAGAAGGAACAUAAUGUUCUAAAAGCCAGGGAAGAGCUAAGAAUUUGUCGUCAGAAUAUUGCUGAACUGGAGGGGCAGAGAACUGCAGUGGAGGUGGAGAUAGAUCAACAACAGAAGGAUGCAGACAACAGUGCGUCAGUGUUUCGUCUCAGAGCCCAACACAGGCGCCUGUGUCAAGAGCUGCAGGCAGAGGAAGACCUGGAGGCCCAUGUGACCAAGACUCUCAGAGAGCAUGAAUUGGAGCUGUUGCAGGUUGAGGUAGAGCUGGGUCGUUUCUCUCUCCUCCGUGAGGAGGUGCAGGAGGAGGAGCAGGCCUACCAGACGCUGCAGGCCCAGAGAGGAGCUGCACGGCUGCAGAUGGAGGAUGCUGCAGUGCUGGGGAUGCAGCGCAAGACCCAGCGCCUCAAGGCGAAGAAAGAAGCCAUGCUGAAGGAGGAGGAGGAUCGUUGUCGGAGAAGCAAAGAGCAGUCCCAGGCCAGCCGCAAGAAAGCGGCUGUAUUCUUAAAGGAGACAAUUAAAAGUUUGCAUCAGAAGGAGGUGGAGGAAAAGCAGCGAAGCCAUGACCUGGUGCAGAAAAGAAUGCAGGCAGUGCUGUCAUUGAAAUCGAACAUUGCAGCUACUCAAGAACGUCUGAGAGCCCAACAGAGAAGGGCCGUGGCUGAGGCCCAGAGACAGGAGCAGGAGGAGAGGCAGCUGAAGGAGGCCCUAGAAGCACAGGGCUCCAACAGCACCAAACACAUGUACCAACAGAAGAAGUUACAGGAGUUCCAGCGAAAGAAAGAGGAGUUUGAGGAGAAACAGAAAUCCAACAGGAUGGAUAUUGUUGCCAAGUUACUGCUGGAAGAGGAGUCUUUGGAAAGAAAGAAAAGGCACCAGGCUUUGAUGUUCCUUCCCCCAUCAGUUAAUAAGGACAAGAUGAGGCAGACAAGAUCUCGAAAGAAGAUUCUGCAGAGCCUUGAUCCACAACCUGCUAAAACUAAGGAGAAAACAAUCAGACAAGAAAGUGCGUUGAGUUCCAGCAGCUCUUCGUCAGACCAGGAGGAUCUGAGAGAGUCCGUGGACCUGGAGGAGCAGAGCCCGAGGGAGAGCCUGGCUCAGCCAGAGUUCACUGGCCUAUGGGACCAGACACACCAGGUAGACACUGAACGCAGCACAACAUUUCAGUCCCGGGCAGCCAGACAGGACAUGACCCUGCUGCCUGUGGGGAAGCCAACAGCCCCUCCUAAAAAAGUCACUCAUGGGAAGGAGUUUAAAGGCCCACCGUUCAUCAGCAAGCCCGAGGUCGUCGCCUUCAAGAACUUUGAGGUGGGACAGACGUACAGGAGGAAGAUCAUCCUGACUAACAUCAGCUACAUAAUAAACUACUGUAAGCUGCUGGGCAUCUCCCAAGAUCUGAUGGAUUUUAUUACCAUAAGCUUCAAGCCUCCUGGACCCAUGUCUCCAGGAAUGGCCUGUGAGAUGCAGGCCACAUUCCAACCCAUGAUAAAUAAAGAUUUGGAGGGAGAAGUCCAGUUUAUGUCAGCAGCCGGCCCCUUCUCCGUACCCAUCAGAUGUAAGAUAAAGAAAUGUGACCUGGCUGUGGACAGCUGCCUCAUUGACUUUGGUGCCCAUGUGGUGGGACAGAAUAUUUCACGGUACAUCACCCUGAACAACAGGGGGGCCUUGGGCACCAAUUUUGCCCUGGUCCCCGUAGCCUACCUCAACCCAGCAGAGACCCAGAACCUAACCCAGUCACCGGCCCAGGUCCAGGCCCAGAUCUCAUCUCAGGCUUUCUCUUGCAGUACCCAGCUUCCCAAUGACAGCAGCAGUUCAGUAUCAGUGUGUGAUGGUCAGGGGAGCACUGCAUCCAGAGCCGAUGGAGACCACAACUCAAAACGAGAGAGUGGGAAACCCUCUGUCAAAUCUGAGCAAAAGCAGUCGGAGGCAGGCGUGGCAGAGGCAGGACUAGGAGGGGUGCCCUCAGAGAGGGAGGGAGCCCACUCUCUGGAGGCCAGUAGGGAAGAGGCCUCCUCAGACACCAGCGACAUCACUAUCCCAGAGGGCAGGGAGGGCCAUGUUGGCCCAUUUGAAAGUGUCAAGCUGGAGAUUGUUUUCAAACCUACCAUACCUGGGAAAGCUAAGUUGGACUUCAACUUCAAAUUCUCAGAGCUAUCUUGUGCACCAAUACCUGUUGAGGUUCGAGGUAUGGCUGUGAGUGUGCCUGUGUGGGUAACUCAACCGAGCAUUGACCUGAAGAUCUGUAUGUUUGAUCGCCUCUAUCAAGACACCAUUGUGGUACAAAGCAGAGCUAGCACAGCUCUUCGACUGACGUUUGAGGUGUGUCCAGCGCUGAGGAACCACAUGGAGAUCCUGCCUAAGACUGGCUACAUACAGGCAGGGGCCAGCUUUAAUGCACAGCUCAAGUUCAUACCCAGACGGUCCUUGUCCGAGGAUGCCAAGAGGUUUUUUGACAGUCAAACAAGUGUUCUGGAAGUCCCAUUGGCGCUAAAUGUGGCAGAUCAGGUGAGGCCUGUUCCUUUCACAGUCCAUGCGGUUGUCACGUCCUCUGACCUGCAGUUUGACCAGACAGAGGUGGACUUUGGCCACUGCUCCAUCUACGAGUCUGUCAAGACCAGCGUGCGCCUCACCAACCUCUCCCUCCUGCCCCAAGAAUUUGGCUUCCUAGAAAUACCUAAGUUCAUAGAGGUCCAGCCCAACGAGGGAUUCGGCACUCUCCUCCCACUCGAAACCCUGGAGAUCGAUCUGAUAUUCAGUGCAAAAAAGGCUGAAGAGUACAGCUUUCAGCUCACCUGCAAAUCUGGAAUUCAUAGGGACUUCCCCAUACUGUGCCGUGCUGUGGGGGUCCACCCUCUGUUGGAGCUGUCCCACUCUCUGGUCCACUUUGGGGCCACGGCGAUCGGGGACAACUCCACAGCCGUGCUCCAUGUAGUCAACUCCCACACCAGCCGCAACGAGUUCAGCCACGCGGUGCCUCGCGUGGGCGGGGGGCCUGUAGCGCCCGUGGGGCCCCGGCUGUUCAGCUUCGCCCUGCCUGAGAACUCGGAGAUCAUCCUGACACCCACAGCAGGUCGGGUGCUGCCUGGACAGAGGUGUUUGGUGCAGGUGACGUUCAGGCCCAGGCUGGGAGAGCACGAGGUCAGGGAGGAGGCAGUGCGCCUGCUGUGUCGCUCCGAGGAGCUGCGUCUGCAGGACAUGGAGAGGCACCGGGGUGUGGAGGCAGAGGGGGGCAAACGCAGCGAGCAGGAGGGGCCUGUAACCCGUCCCCAGGGGAAGCAGGCUCUGAAGGAGAAGAACAGCAAAGUGUCCAUCAGCCCAAAGAAUGACAGCCCGUUUCAACCUCCUAAUCCAGCAGACAUCCAGCCCGGGUCAGUCGAGUAUGCGGCAGGAAAGGCCUCUUUAGUGCACUCGUUUUCCCAGCGCUACAGCCGCUACAUCAUUCCCUGCUUCGUGUCGGAGGGAGACUCUCCCCAGGGUGAGCCCCACACGGGUCCAGCCUACAGCCCCCUCAAUACACUCUACCUCGAGCUACUUUGCCCAGCUGUACGGCCCCCUCUAGUGGUGACAUUAUGUAAUGACCAGACCACCAUUGACUUCAAACAGGUUGCCGUGGGUCAGAAAGUGGUCAAACAGAUUACCAUUCAGAAUAUCUCUCAUGAAUCUUUGGAUCUGAGCUCCUCAGUGCUGGACCUGAGCGGACCCUUCUCCCUGCUGAACGCUCUCAGGCGGCUGGGACCUGGAGGCACACACAUCCUAGUCCUGGCCUUUACUCCUGCCCUGGGGAAAAAGUACCGCGAGGUUAUGGAGAUCCUCACCCACAGGAUGACCAUGGAGUUGAGGCUAUGUGGGGAGGGAAUUGUGCCUGUUAUCACCUGCUCCCACCAAGAAAGCCUCAUCAACUUUGGCUAUGUGCUGGAGAAGGAAAGUGCCACUUACAGCUUCAAGCUCCAGAACACCUCGUCCCUGGAUGUGCGCUUCUCAGUGCUGCUGGACAGCCAGGCCCUGCGGAGGUCAGACUCGCUUCCUGCCCUCAUCAGCCCCAGUCCAGAGGGAAACACACAGCCUACUGUGGGCACCCAGAACUUCAGUGGUCUAAGUGUGUUCAGCGUGACGCCCAUAGAGGGCAGCAUAGCCCCAGGGAACAGCCGGGACAUCACAGUCACCUUUUUGCCCGACCAUGAGAGCCUCCACUAUUCAGACAGACUGAGAGUACAGCUCAUAAACAAGCAUACAGUCUGUGCUAUUGAGCUGAGGGGUGCUGCACGCGCUCACACCAUGUACCUGUGUGGAGGAGACCCACUGACCGUACCCAUUGAUGCCCUGCUUCCUGUACCGUCCUCGGGCAACUCAGAACUUAAAGCAGACUCAGAGAGCCCUCCCCUGCCUGUGCUGCUGACUCUCAGAGGGGGCUGUAAGAAAGGGGCCAUGAUCCCUGCCGUCAGAGAACUGGAGGUGGGCUGCAUACGCACCCUGCAGCCUGUGGCCAAGAAGAAUGUAGACUUCAGCUGGGACAGCCUGCCCACCCUACAGCAGAAGGGGUUCAGUGUGGAGCCUAGCAAAGGGACUGUGGAUGCCGGCAACAGACGCACCAUCACAGCAACUUGGACACCGCCUAGUGGGCUCCAGCCCAAUGAAGUGGUGCAGGUGUGUGUUCCCCUCAUCCUGAGAGGAGACGAUACAGAGGUAUACAAUGUCACUUUGUUGGCCUUGGCCUCUGGUGCAAAAGACUAG